CAUGUUCGGACUUGUAAAAUUGUGGUUAUAAAUUGGCAGUGCAUGUGAUUUUCAUCUGUAUAUUUCUAGCCAUGAGACGGAGCACUCGAGGUAAACGCCUGCAGGCUUCGACUGAGGAUGUGGACGGCAGCCCUCCCAGCAAGAAGCCGUAUGUGUCGACAUCGCGAGACCACGUGACCAGCCUGCCUCACCGCUGGGAGUGGGAGGGAGACGGAGGACAGUGGACGCAGUUCCCACACAAAUGGAAACUCGCCAUCACCAAGGCCUACAAUGAAGACAAGAACGAUUUUGAGUUUUCAGUGGGCAGAGGGGUUAGACUGGCCGUUGUCUUCAGCAAGAUGCUGCAGAAGAACAAGAAGACUGGUUUUUCUAGACGUGUCCGCUUCUGUGUCCAGUCAAACAAGGCAACAGAUUUUUAUGCCUGGCAGUGGAAAGAUGAAUCAGGUAAAUGGUCGCCGUACUCUCCUAAAAUAACCGAAGACCUGGAACUAGCUCACAGCAAAGAUCCAUCGACCGACUUGGAGUUUGACGUCGGUGGGACGACCUACAGAAUAGACUUCAGUGCAAUGACACAGGUUAACACAAAGACAGAUUUCAGUAGAGCAAUUUCACGAGAAAAAUCAGAUGCUGUGCUGACUGACGUAAAAGACGAGGAAGAUGAUGACAUGGAUAUUUCCACAGCCAGCAAAGCAGCCGGGGACGCUUCCUCCAAAUCGAAGAAAUCUUCCGCAAAGUCUAGCACUGCCGCUGCUAAGUCAAAGGGCAAAACGUCGGCUCAGAGUGGGCGGAGUAAGUCGACGAAAGUGAAGAAGGAGGAAGGCGAGGAAGAAGAAGAAGUGAAAGUUCGCACUGUAAUUGUGAAGGGCCGUGCCCCAGUUGACCCUGAAUGUGUCACAAUGGCGGGGAAAGCUCAUGUCUUCUUUGAAGGAAAUGACGUUUGGGACUGCAUGCUUAAUCAGACGGACGUGGGUAACAACAACAACAAGUUCUACCUGAUCCAGCUGUUGAAGGAUGACUCAAAGACUUCGUACUACAUCUGGCAGCGCUGGGGCAGGGUGGGCUACUCCGGUCAGAACAAUCUCAUACCCUGCAGCACCGACCUCGACAAAGCAAAAAAGAUGUUCUGUAAAAAGUUUUCUGAUAAGACGAAGAAUGACUGGGCGGAUCGGAAAGGCUUUGCGAAGGUUCCUGGUAAAUACGAUCUGCUAGCCAUGGACUACAGCAGUGGAAACCAGGAAGAGGAUGAAGUGGAUGCCUCGUUGAAGAAGGAAUCCAGUAUAAAUGGAAGUUUGCCUGAUUCUAAAUUAGACAAAAGACUACAGGACUUGAUCAACUUGAUAUGUGAUGUGAAGUCGAUGGAAGAGGCUGUUACGGAAAUGAAGUAUGACGCGAAGAAAGCUCCACUAGGAAAGCUGACGACGAACCAGAUCAAAGCGGGGUACAGCGCACUGAAGAAGAUUGAACAGUGUGUGAAUAACAAGGACUUUGGACAGCAUUUAACGCAGGCCUGUAAUGAGUUCUACACGCGGAUACCCCACGAAUUCGGCAUGAAGACUCCUCCUUUGAUCCGAGAUAAAGUUACAGUGAAAGCCAAACUACAACUACUCGAGGCUCUGGGUGACAUUGAGAUAGCCAUCAAGAUUCUGAAGAAAGGCGACAUGUCGGAGAACCCGGUUGAUCGUCACUACCACUCUCUGGAGUGUAAGCUCGAACCACUAGACCACACAGACAGCGAGUUCAAGCUGAUGAACGACUUUCUACAGACGACCCAUGCGUCCACGCACAAUAUGUACAAAAUGGAACUACAGGAUGUGUUUAACUGCCAGAAGGACCCACCCAAAUUCAAGGAUUAUGGUAACAAGAUGUUGCUAUGGCACGGCUCGCGUCUCACGAACUGGGUUGGAAUUCUGAGCCAGGGGUUGAGAAUAGCGCCGCCCGAAGCUCCAGUCACCGGCUACAUGUUUGGUAAAGGGAUAUAUUUUGCUGACAUUUCCAGUAAGAGUGCCAACUACUGUUUUACAAGCCGAGCGAAGAACAUUGGACUCCUCCUUGUUUGUGAGGUUUCUCUGGGCAAUGUGAAUGAGCUGCUGGCUGCUGACUACAAUGCUGCCGCAAUGCCUGCUGGGAAACACAGUGUCAAAGGUGUCGGGCGGAUAGCACCCGACCCGAAAUCACACAAAACUCUCGACGAUGGGACUACGGUGCCUAUUGGGAAAGGAAUCGAUAUGAAGAUCAAGAACCCGACUGGAUACACACUGAAUUACAAUGAAUUUAUUGUGUACGAUGUGGCGCAGAUCAAACCACGCUAUCUGCUUAAAGUCAAGUUUCAUUACUCAUGAUUGGUGCAUUGCAGUUCUUGUGUUUGUAUCAUUGCAUGUGAUUGGUGCAUUGCAGUUCUUGUGAUUUUAUCAUUUCAUGUGAUUGGUGCAUUUCGGUACACAUUGCGACCAUUUUUUUCAUUUGGCGACUAAAACAUUUAAUACUAUCUCUAUAAAAAUACAAGUAGGUGCCAUCUGGCUCCUAGAUGGAAAAGUUGACGUAAAGGGCUGAUGUGAUUGGUGCAUUUCAGCAGGCCUUUUCCCAGGAUUUUUGUACGGCGCUUACAAAUGUAGCAUCGUUAUAACACAAAUCAAGCCAAAAGAAGUGAGGUAGUGGGUUGAAAACAGUUAAGUAUUUGCCUCCAAUCCAUCUAAUCAUGUUGGGUUGUUUUGUUUUUUUUGAAGUAACCCAUCAAUUCCCCACCCCCAACAAUUUCAUAAUUUGCUCCAUGUUGUUGCUCUUGAUUUCAGCGUUAUGUUAAAAUUAAAAUUUACGGUCUUUUAAAACCCAGAUAACUUAUUAAAUGUCACCUCACAGUUUUACAAAUAUAUAUCUAACAUUAUCUAACAAAUAUGAUUAUUGUAAACUAAUUCAGU